AUGAGUUCAUCAGAUCAUACGACCAGUGACGAGGAUAGCGCUGAAGAAUCUUCUUCAUAUGAUUCGUCUGAUGAGGAAUCAUUUGAUGAAUCGAAGGUAGGAAUAGCGCUUGAGUUGCCCAAAAGGGAGAAUCGAGGCAAAAAGUUUAAUCAGCUAGUCGGCGAAGAACUUGAAAAGGAUCAGCAAUUUUGGGGUCAUUCGACCUGGGAGGAGGAUGAAGUGGACGAUGAUUACAACUGCAGUGAGGGUGAGGAGCAGUACGCCUACUCCACCGAUUCUGACUUUGACGACCCCGAGGAAGAGGAAGAGGAGGAGGUUGACGAAUCGCAUCUUAAGGAGACCAAGAAGAAGAAGAAGUUUGGGGCGUACGUUGACCCGAUGCUUCUGGCAAACAAGAGGACGUUGCAGGCUUUAUCAAGAAAGAAAGCUCCUUCCACAGUGCAAACAAAGAAGCCAACCAGUUCACCCAUUAAAGCUGCAUACACACCGGAAGACUUUAUAAGAGAGAGGCGUGCUACAACAAAGCAGAAGACAGAGGCAAUUAAGGAACUAGUCAAUACCAGAAAAACUAAGAAGAAGAAAGUUUCAGAUAACAGAAAAGCCAAAGUUCGUGAGCCUAGGAAGUAUACUCAGGAGGAGCUGAUCGAGCAGGCGAAAAGAACGGAAGAGGCGAACCGCAAGUCCUUACAGAGCCUUCAAGCAUGGGAGGAUGAAAAGAAAAAGUACACUGAAACCAAAAGAUUCACCUACAAAGGCCAUUAUGACAUCUGGAUCAGCUGGAACUCGUUGCUCUCGGUCGUAAACCCGAACCAACUAGAUAAAGAUGGCAACCCAGUAGAAGCAAUAGCGCCGCACGUGGAGGAGAAGCCACUAGAACUGUAUAUGUUUACAACCGGCAAAUUGCCGGACUACUAUGUGAAGGCCAGGGAAGAUAAGCUAAAGCCUAGGAGAGAUCGGCCCAAAUGUGCCGUAACUGGCGAAGACGCCAAAUAUUUCGAUCCUAAAACACAAAAAUACUAUAGCUGCAUAGAAGCCUUCAAAAUAUUGCGUGUACAAUAUCACAACGAAAACCUGAACAUUCUGAAGUCCAAAUUGGAUACAAUAGGGACAAUUUUAACAGAUCUCAUGAAAAAUGAAAAUGAGACUUAA